CCAGCCAAUCCUUGUCCCACCUGGUGACUUGCGGCAGUGGCUCUGGGGAGCUGCAGUCCCCGUAGCCAAGACGUGACUGCAGGGUUUGAGUGGACUUUGCCGAGGGAACAUUGCAACUGGCAGACUCCCGGAGUGGUGCUGACGGGAACUCUUUGUCAUUCAACCUGUGGCUGCGGAACGUCCGCCGCAGCGCCCUCACCCUGGGACUUUAAGGCGGCCCUGAGGAGAGGAGUCUGAAGCAUAGCGUUACACUUGUGCUGUAGAAAACAACAUAUAAAGGUAUUCCAAAAUAUAGCCUGAAAUUCUGCCAAGCAAAACCUGCCUUUGGAGGACACAGCCUCCAACUUUCUUAAUCUGCUGGAAUCAAGUGAAAAUGAAGCAUUAAAGAAGAGAAAAUCUGCUGUAGUAAUAACUCAAGAAAGUGAGACUGAUCGGAUACUUGGAUUUGAACUGCAUUUUGGAAUUUAUCAACAUUUACAAUGCCACCAGCAGUUGGAGGUCCAGUUGGAUACACCCCGCCAGAUGGAGGCUGGGGGUGGGCAGUGGUAGUUGGAGCUUUCAUUUCCAUUGGCUUCUCUUAUGCGUUUCCCAAAUCUAUUACUGUGUUCUUCAAAGAAAUUGAAGGCAUAUUUAAUGCCACCACCAGUGAAGUGUCAUGGAUAUCUUCCAUCAUGCUGGCUGUCAUGUACGGUGGAGGUCCUAUCAGCAGUGUCCUAGUGAAUAAAUAUGGCAGUCGUCCAGUCAUGAUUGUUGGUGGCAUCUUAUCAGGCAGUGGCUUGAUUGCUGCUUCCUUCUGUAACACUGUGCAGGAACUUUACUUUUCUGUUGGAGUCAUUGGAGGUCUUGGGCUUGCCUUCAACUUAAAUCCGGCUUUGACCAUGAUUGGCAAAUAUUUCUAUAAGAGACGACCGCUGGCAAAUGGACUAGCCAUGGCAGGCAGCCCUGUGUUCCUCUCUACCCUGGCCCCCCUCAACCAGGCUUUCUUUAUGAUCUACGGCUGGAGAGGAAGCUUCCUAAUUCUCGGGGGCUUACUAUUAAACUGCUGUGUGGCUGGAGCUCUGAUGAGACCAAUAGGGCCAAAGCCAACCACUGUAGAGAAAGGGAAGUCUAAAGGAUCCCUUCAGGAAGCUGGAAAAUACGAGAUAAAUAAGGGGGCAAGUGAUGCAAAUACAGAUCUCAUUGGAGGAAACCCCAAAGAAGAGAAAAAGUCAAUCUUCCAAACACUUAAUACAUUUCUGGACUUAAGCCUAUUCAAGCACAGAGGCUUUUUGUUAUAUCUGUCUGGAAAUGUGCUCAUGUUUUUUGGACUAUUUACACCACUGGUCUUUCUUAGUAAUUAUGGCAAGAGUAAGCAUUACUCUAGUGAGAAGGCUGCCUUCCUCCUUUCCAUUCUGGCUUUUGUUGACAUGGUAGCCAGACCUUCUAUGGGACUUGUAGCCAACACAAAGUGGAUAAGACCUCGAGUUCAGUAUUUUUUUGCUGCAUCUAUUAUUGCAAAUGGACUGUGUCAUCUGGCAGCACCUUUAUCCUCUACCUAUAUAGAGCUCUGUAUCUAUGCAGGAUUCUUUGGAUUUGCUUUUGGGUGGCUCAGCUCAGUAUUGUUUGAAACACUGAUGGACCUUGUUGGACCCCAGAGAUUCUCCAGUGCUGUGGGGUUGGUGACCAUUGUGGAGUGCUGUCCUGUACUCCUGGGGCCACCAGUUUUAGGUCGUCUCAAUGACAUAUAUGGAGACUAUAAAUACACAUACUGGGCAUGUGGCAUAAUCCUUAUUGUCGCAGGCAUCUAUCUUUUCAUUGGCAUGGGCAUCAAUUACCGACUUCUUGAAAAAGAACAGAAAGCUGAGAAGCAGCAGAAAAAGGAAAGUAAAGACGAGGAGACCAAUGUAGAUGUUGCUGAGAAGCCAAAAGAAGUCACCGAUGCAGCAGAAUCUCCAGAACAAAAAGCCACAGAAGGAGACCUCAGAGAGGCGGAGAGUCCAGUUUGAACCUGUGGGACUGAAGGGUAAAUGGUGCAGCUCAUGACCCAAAAUAUUCUAUUGGCCUGUGAUCUACCAGUGGUGCUCAAUGCAAAUACUGGACAUUUCUGUGGGAAUCAUACCAGGGGUUUAUUGAUGGAAUUUUUGUUUCACUCCUUACCAGUAGCCUGGAUUAAAAAUGCCUAGCCUUGGGAAGGGAGUGGUUGAAAAAGAAUGAGAAAAGGAAGUCAGUUUCUGUGUUUGUUUCUUUGUUUAAAUCUUUGCAUUUAACAGUGUCAUGAAGAUUAUAAUACGUGCCUUAAGUUUUAGUCUUUAGGGAGCCUUAACUAUUAAAACUGUUCUGCUUAACUCAUCCAUUUUCAGUGUUCCGUUACAAAUAAAAAUAACUGCUUUGAGGCAAAUCUAAAAUUUUAAAUAAAUUUUGUUUCAUAUUGUCACUAGAAGAUUUGAAAGUUGGUGGUUUUAUAAAACCCUGACUAAAAUAUUUUCCUAGCAUCAGUAGUUGCUUGGCAUAUGUGCCUGCUAGAUAUGUAUUUAGGAAAUUUAAGGCAUGAAGCUUUGAAAACAUCUUGGCUUUUCAGGAUGCAUUGUACUUACUCAUCAUCAACCCUCCAGUAUCUUCUCUUGGGUUGCUUAUUAGAAGUCAAGUGCUUGAGAGUUGAUUUCAUUAAAUUACUAUUUUUGUUCCCCUUUCCAAAGAUACAUUUUGUGUAGUCAUAGAUAAUUGCCCUUUUUGAGAUUACAUACUAUUUUUUUCAAUGUAAAAAUUAGUAUUAAAAUACACAACUAUGUAUUAGUGCCUCCUCACUAAAUUAAAUGUAGAAAGCUAUUUCAUACAGCAGCUGAAUUCAGCUUAAACUUUUCCAAAACAUCAGUUAAACUGUGAGACUUGGAAUCUUUUUUGGUUGCUGUUUUCCUGGAAUUUUACCCCUUUGAUUCCUAGUGGUUUCAUUUAUAUCCAUAUCUAGCUUAGCACUGAGUAUGAGACACUCAGUCUGUGUAGUGUUUGCUAAUUAAAGAGAACCAUAGAAAUGUGGCCCACAGAAACCAAUAGGGAUAAGAUAGGGAGAGAAGUUGCUAUUUUGGCUUAUCAACACAUAACUCUUUUUCUUUUUCUGAUAAGGCCUUAAAGGAAAUUAGAUUUUGCUUAGAAUUAUUGGAAAUAUUCUUAUUCCUCACACAACCCUAAAGAUUUUGUGACCCUUUUCCACUUUAUCUGAAAUGUAAAGAAAUGGGUUUAGUAUAUAGAUAGGGAGGGGGACAAACCAGAAUGAAAACUGUAAAUUUUUUUUUAACCUAGUAUCUUUUAAAUUGCAGCAGGAAGAUAAUGUUAGACAUUCAAUGAAUUAUAUUCAAUGCAUUUAAAAAUAUUGCGGUUGACAGUGUGAAAGUAUAGACAUAAAACCUUAUUUAACAGGCUGGCUUUUUAAAAUAAAAAUUUUCUUUUUUUUUUUUUAAGAAAUGUUUCUUCUUCCAAAUGUUUAUUUUCUUGAGGAAAAUAUUCUGUGUCUUCAUUUUCAUUAUCAAGAUUCAGUCUGGCCCUUGCUAAUGUUAAAUAAUUCAGCAUAUGUGCAUUGGAAUUUGUAUAUAUGGCUUAUUUUGAUUUUUCUCCUUAACGUCUUCUUCCAGGCAAGCAGGAGAGAAAUUUUUUAAAACUACUUCUCUGAAAGCAUUUUGAAAGCAGAGCAGUUAAUCUUAAGGACACAAUGAAAACUCCCUUUCUGUGCUCAGGUAUCAUGGCAGAUGGAGGAGGAAUUUUAGGGGAGAAGCCUGCUGUGAUUGUUGACAGGCUUGGCUCCAGUUUGGGCUCGGCCAUUUUCCACAGACCUAACCUCUGUAUGCCUCUUUCCCUUUCUAUAAAAGUGAGGAUCAUCCUGAGUAAGUAAAAAAUGUGGGGUGGGGGAGUAAACCAGGAGUAUAAGAUUAUUUUCCCCCAUCCCAGUUGUUAAGCGACAUCCAUACAUAAGACGCUGCCUAGUUUUUUCCCACUAACUGAAACUUGCUAGUGAAGUGAUGAAAUUUUGGUGCAGAAUGAUCACCAUUUAUUAGGAGGAAGGGUUCUCAAGUUGCUGUAUUCAGAAGCAAAAGGUUAAAAACUGGCUCAAAGCUGGACUAAACAAAACCUUUUACCACCCAAUCCAACUCUGACUUUUUCCCACUGAAGACACAGGCUUAAGGGAUUUAUUCAGGAUCAGUUUUGGUAACAGAGCCAACACUAAAGGCCAAUAUAGGCCUACUCUGCCAUCUAGUCCUUGCUAACAAUCAGCUAAUCCUCUCGUGUUGCAGUGCUGUUUUCAACACUGGAUGCAUCUGAGCUUUCUGACUGGGCAGUCUGUUGUCCCUUGCUCCAUGUGAAGCCUGACUAGACAGACCUCUGAAGUUUUAUUUCAGUUGACAGAGUUUCAGUGGCUGCUUUGGGAAAAUAGAGUACCUGCCUAUCCUUGCUUCCCUCUGUCCCACACUCUGCUAAGUCACAAAACAUAUAGCUCUCUAGAUUGUUGUGCCCAAAGAGGCUGGGGACUGGUCAAGAGUAUGCUCUGAAAUAGUCUCAGUUCAAAGCUGAAAAAUUGUUUAAGAAACUGGUAGACUGGACAGUUGCAGAUGACCAUGGCAACAAGACCAUAUUGUCACAUUAUAGUCAUUUUUGAGAACUGAAAUCAUCUUGACCUAUUCAAAAUAAUUUCUACAGAAAGUACUCAGUAAAGGAUGAUGCUAAAACUAGAAAAUUCAGGGAGGUAUUUUUAUCCCUGGUUUAAUCACACUAAUGAAUAAUCUUAUUCUUGUUUUAUUGUAUUGAAUUUCAGAUUGAUAAAUUCAGAAUUGGUUUAUAUGAAAAACCUCAAUGUCCAGGUUUUACAUCUUCCCUAGGAAAUGGUUCAUAGUAUAUAUAUUUAAUUAUCAGGUGUGCGUCACUCGUCCCACCCCACCCCACCCCCCACCCCCUUGUUGUUGGAAAGAUGAGAAAAGGUGAACACUGUAUGUCUACCUUUGCAACAUGGCUUGUUUUAAUAAUCAGGUCAGGUACUUGAAGAAAGAGGUUAAUGACAGACUUUGGCUACUAUGAAAACUUGUGAGGAAGUAAUGGCCCAAGCUUGCCUGGCUUACCCAAAUAUGAGCAAUUAAGCCAAGUUGCUUCAGAUUAGAAGCAUCUAAGGCGGUUUCAAAUACAUCAUUCCUGAAAUGUGUUUUAGCUUUAGGAUUUCAGAUUUCAGUCAUCCUUUCCCCACUUAGUCUGGGCCGUUGUGACAGUCAUUCAGUAGAAUAUCUCUUCUUGGCUAUACAGCACUGAUGUACUUUCUGCUGGCUUUUUACUGUGACUUGCUAGAAGACACUGGAAUAGCUAGCAAAGAAAUCACAGCCUACUGGUAUGUUUAGCAGUAUAGACUGCCAGGGUUCAAACAAAGGCUAUGUGACCUCAACCCUAAGCAUCAGGUGUUUUCUUCUGUAAAGGUGUUAAUAAUUAAUGCCAUUUGUUGCCCCAGGGCUGUAAUGAAGUUUAGUUGAUAUGUGACAGCUUGUAUUAGGCAAGGGCUUAAUAAAUGUAAGCACCUAUUUAAAAUAUAUAUAUAUCAAAGAUAUGUAGUACUUGGGGAAAAAUUGAGCUGUUCUAAUUCCCAAGGUGGGUGGAGCCUCACAGAGGAUAGUUUGGGAGUGACUCUUAAAGGUAAGACUAUUAGCUAAAUGAUCAAACUCCUUUUAGACCUAUCCUCAUUUUACUCUUACAAAUGUAAUGGUCCCUGUUUGGUAAUGAGUGGAAACUAACACCGCAUGAGAGUGGUGCUCUUUAAGUAGGCAGGUUUGAAUCCCAAAGCCCUUGGUCUUUGUUCACUGCCCCUACAAGGAAGAGGCACCUGAUUAAUAAAAAGAGCAGAAAUAUAAUGAGAAGCCAGUCAUGAUUGAAGUCCUCUCUACCUAGUUCUUAAAUGUAAAUGUUCUUAAUGUAAACUGAAAGAUUGAUGAGCUUUGAAUUUUUCCCUACUACAUUGAUAACAUGAUUUAAAUAAUAAAUUGUCAUCAGUUGGUGGCUGAAUAAAUUGGUACAACA